UUGCAAUUGUUGUAUUCACAUCCCGUUAAUUGCUAAAAUAAUAUUAAUAUCAUUAAACAUUUGAGUAAAAAUUAAUAAAUAUUUUUUUAUAUUACUAACAUCGUUAAUUAGAUAAUAAUUAGAUAAAUCGAGUGAAAGUUCGUAAUAACACGUGAGUAUUAUGCAAAUCAGUUAAACAUAAUAUAAGAGUAAAAAUUCAAGUUUCAAUUUACAUUUCUUGCUCAUCGAAUUUGAUUGGAUUUUAAUCUUUUAAAUAAUCUACAAUCAUGGCGACUAUCGAACAAAUAGAAACUUUUAGAUAUAUUAGAGGUAAAAAUAUCAUGUCAGUCUGUGUAUGUGGAAAACGUCAAGCGUGGACAGACUAUUAUGGAGGUCCUGCCUGCAAAAAUUGCAUAGAGUUUUUUAUAAGCAGUAUUAGAGAAAGACAAGAAUACGUUUGUAAUAACAUGGAUGGUUUAUGUAGUACGGACGUGAAUCCGGAUGGAUUUGGAUGUAAAUAUUGUCAUUUAGAAAUGUUGUAUAAAAGGGCUGAAUUAAAACCUAAAAUGUAUGGAAGGUACGAAAAUCGAUGGUAUACGAAAGAUGUGAUUCCUCAUUUACGUAGAACAGUGCUAAGAGCGAGAGAUGUUACGUUGAAUGAUAUUAAUUAUGAAGCGGACAUAAUGUGUGAUUUCGGAUCAUAUUAUUCGAGAGGGUUGCAAGGAAUGCAAUUAACAAGAAAUGAAGAAAUUCAAGCAAUAUUCUUCAGAGGUACAGUGAUGCAUAUCAUGCUUGAAUCCUUACAUUGUCACGACGUCUUGAAGAGUGAUUAUAGGUACAUUGAUCCCUAUAAAAUGAAAAGUUUACUCAUACAAAAUCAUCUAAUUCAAGUACUAGAAAUAACUCGUAGAUUUUUACAAAUUGUUGAAGUUGACUAUCCAAGUCUGGAACAAAUCGAUGAUUAUGUUAUCAUGGGCAAUUUUCCGUAAAUGUAUGCAUGAAGAUUGCGGAAUAUUUGGCGAAAUUUUUAACUAUUUUCAUUAAAUAUAUUGUAUUUGAAACGAACAAAUACUGCGAAAUUUGCAAUUUCUAUGACAUGAAAAAUAUACUUUAUUCGUUUAAAUAUUUUAAAAUAAAUUUCAAAGUUUAAUGACUUUUAUAUGUGAAAUGUGACUUUAAUACAUAUGUCAAAAUAAUAUAAUUACAAUAUGU